AUGCAUAUGUAUAAGUUCAAUGUACCGAAAAUAGAUCUGCCUACUUUGGAUAAUAAAAUGCCGAAAACGCCACUACUGCCUACUACUGAGGAGGUAGAAAAUUCCUUCAUUUCCAUGUUUAACCAAAUCUGUGACAGUACUGCCCAACUUACAAGUUAUAUCCAUUGGGGAGAGCCUUCAGCUCCAUACUAUUUGGACCAGGAAUAUCAAUCUAUAAAUGAUGAAAUCGAAGCUAAAAGGGCUGUUACUUGCCCAUUGGGAGAGUUGGACGUAUUCAACAAAGAGCCAAAUCGCACUGUAGUUGACACCACUAUGUAUGAUUUGCUAGAGGUUCCCAGUAAUGCUUCAAAAUCGGAGAUUAAAAGUGCAUAUCGCAAAUUAGCAUUUAAAUAUCACCCCGAUAAAAAUCCAUCCAAUGAAGAGUGCAAACUUAAAUUUCAGGAGAUUAGCAAGGCUUAUCAAAUUCUUAUAAAUGAUGAGUCGAGACGUUCAUAUGAUAGAGACGGAUUGGAAGCUACCAAAUCAAUGGACAUAAUCGAUCCUUCGUUGUUUUUCAUGAUGCUAUUUGGGUCAGAGGAACUAGAAGAAUUUAUUGGAACCCUAAAAAUUGCAAGAAUUAUACAAAUUGUAAAUAAUCAGCCUCACGAUACCCAAAUUUCAAUAAACAACGACAUGAGCCUCAGUCAGAAGCUUAGGGAGGUUGAACUCGCCAUGAAUAUACGCAAAAUUCUUCUUGAUUCCGAUAAAAAGAAUUGGAUUAGGGAUCAGAUGGAGAAAAUUAGGGGGAUGUGUCAGUCUACAUUCGGAGAUGUAAUAAUCGAGUCCAUAGGCUGGGUAUACGAAAACUGCUCGGAUACAUAUAUUGCUGAAAUGACAACAUUCCUGGGUAUUGGCUCCACAAUUUCCCAUAUUCAGGCCGCUAGCCGAUCACUAGGCAACAGCUGGUCAGCAGCCAAGUCAAUAGCCAACGUAGCCAUGGCAGCAACUAGAGGGGAUGGGGUUGACGAUGGCCCUGAUCGUGAAAAUGUCCUAGAUAAGAUGAAGGACAUUAUCACUAACUCAUUGUCCCUAGUCGUCUAUGACGUUGAAUCCACCGUCAGCAGUGCUGCCUUUAAGGCCCUAAGGGAUGAAUCUGGUGAAGCCAGCUCGACGGAGUAUAGGAUUGAAAGAGCCAGGUCGCUGAGGCUUCUGGGCAUUACAAUGCAAGAGACUGCCGUGGAAACAAGAAAUGCCAGGGGAGGAGUUCAACCGGAUAUCGUCAAGGAUAUGCAAGAUGCCUUUGUAAAGGCCAUCAAAAAACGAAACAGAUAA